AUGGCUGUGGUCAUCCGCUUGCAGGGUCUCCCGAUAGUGGCGGGCACCAUGGACAUACGCCAUUUCUUCUCUGGAUUGACUAUCCCGGAUGGUGGGGUGCAUAUUGUAGGGGGUGAACAUGGUGAGGCUUUUAUUGUUUUCGCCACAGAUGAAGAUGCCAGGCUUGGCAUGAUGCGUACAGGGGGAGCAAUCAAAGGUUCUAAAGUGUCACUUUUGCUGAGCAGCAAGACAGAGAUGCAGAAUAUGAUCGAACUUAGCCGCAGGCGUUUUGAAACAGGCAAUGUGGAGGGAGCCGCAGGAAACGGUAGCAGGCCAGGCCCCACGGUUCGCACAGGUGGGAGGGGCAGUUUACCCACCACUUUACAAGGCUUCAGCAACACCACACCAACCACAGUCACCACAGCUGCAUCUGCACAUGAAACUAUAAGCAACAAAAAUGUGUCCACGUUUGCCACAACUGGCAUGGGAAACAUGCCCCCCAGUUUCAGCAACAACUUCAGCAGCCCAAAUCUUACCAUGGGAUCCACUAUGACAACAGCCAUGUCCUCCCUCAACUCUGUACCACCACCUAUCCCCCCUUUGCCAACCAUGCCAUCCCUUCCACCCAUGCCUUCCAUACCCCCCAUGCCCCUUCCACCACCUGUGUCCUCUAUGCCUCCUGUUCCCACUGUGUCACCUUUAACCCAAGGCCCCCCUGUCCUUCCCAUGAGUCAUCUGUCCCACAUGGGCUCAAUGCCACCAUUUAACCCAGGCAUCCCACCCCCUGGUGGACUGGCCUCAGGGCUGCCUCUAGGAACCCCAAACCACAUGUUUCUGGGCCAUAUGAACCCUCUGUUAAAUAUCCAGGCACACAUGAAGGCAGCAAUAGGUAAUUCAGAUGAGUUAUAUGUCCACCUUCAAGGCCUGCCCUUCUCAGGUACAGAAAUGGAUAUUAGGGAGUUUUUCCGUGGGUUAGCGGUGGACUCCAUCCGACUGGUCAGGGACAACAUGGGCAGGAGUAGCGGCAGGGCGCUGGCCAAGUUCUUUUCCCCUCAGGACACUUUUGAGGCACUCAAAAGAAGCACCGGAAUGUUAGGGCAAAGGUAUGUUGACAUCUCUCCGGCCACAGAGAGGCAGUGGAUGAGUGUCAGCAGUGGUGGCAUCGGGGUUGGAGGGCAAGCCCACUCAAAAUUCAAUAAUGAGCCGCAAGACCAGCACCGCCGCAGCAACAUGAGUUCAGCGUCCCCGUCAACCAGAGACCGUGCGAGGUCCCGUUCCCCUCACAACAAGGAGUUCUGUGUUUACCUGAAAGGCCUGCCCUAUGAAGCAGUAAACAAACAGAUCUGUGAGUUUUUCAAAAACUUGGAUAUUGUGGAAGACAGCAUUUACAUUGCUUAUGGACCCACUGGCCGAGCUACAGGCGAGGGCUUUGUCGAGUUCAAAAAUGAAAUGGACUACAAAGUUGCACUCGGCUGUCACAUGCAGUAUAUGGGUAGCCGAUUCAUACAAGUUCACCCCAUCAGUAAAAAUGCUAUGUUUGAAAAGAUUGGUUCCAUUCGUCAAAGGAUGCAGGGUGGUGAUAAGAAAAACAACUCAGAAUCAGUCAAGAGCCCUAGAAACUGUGCUCACAUCUCAAAUAUUCCAUAUAAUGUGUCAAAGAAAGAUGUCCGUCUGUUUCUAGAUGGCAUUUCAGUAUUUGACGAAAGUCUUAAAGUUCUGGUUGACAGCAGUGGUAACGGUCUAGGUCAGGCUGUUAUGCAGUUCAGGGCAGAGGAGGAUGCACUAAAUGCUGAGAGACUACACAGGCAGAAGUUAAAUGGCAGAGAUGCCUUUGUACAUUUGAUCACCUUUGAGCAGAUGAAGGAAAUUGAGAGAAACCCACCACCACAGGUUAAAAGAGGCCAGAAACCCCAAGGGAACACUCAAGGCCAGGCACACAGCCAUGUUCAGGCACAGAAUCCAGUUCAAGGUCACCCCUUUGCCGGUAUGACAGGAGAUGAGUUCAACUUCCUCAGAAAUACCGUAGGCAAUUUAGGCAAUGGUCCUUUUACGCCGUUUACUGUCCCAGGUAAUGGACUAGUGGGCCCCCCUCCACCCCCACUUGCAGCAAGUCUUGGGGAUGUAGCCCUUAGCAUACCCCCACCCAUGGUUGCCGGUCACUUGCCUGGAGCAGUUCUGGAACCCCCGGGCUUCCGACCAGGCAGCAACAAUGGCCCACCUGGCUUUGGGCCAGAGGGAUUGAGGGGCAUGCCACCUUUUGACAAUGGCCCUAGAAAGAGCAGAGGCCUCAACCACAACAACCGAGGAGGUGGCCAUGGGCAAUCAGGAGGGUGUCCUCAGUCUGCCUUUGGCCCUGGCUCUGACCCUCUGAGAGGACAAUCAACCGGAGGCCCUGGUAACCCUCGUGGACCUACCAUUGUAAAGAUUCAAAACAUGCCUUUCACUGUAACAGUUGAUGAGAUUCUCGAUUUCUUUUAUGGGUAUCAGGUGCUGCCUGGUUCAGUCUGUCUGCAGUUCAGUGAAAAGGGCCUGCCCACCGGUGAGGCAAUGGUUGCCUUUGAGUCACACAAGGAGGCAACAUCUGCUGUCAUGGAUUUAAAUGAUAGGCCUAUUGGGGCUAGGAAAGUGAAGAUAACCCUAGGAUAA